GCUUCGUCCGACAGACGCGGCCAGCGAAGCCGGAGGAACCCCCGCAGAUGUCGACGCUGGAGAAGCGCGAGGUCCUGAUCCAGGCGGCCCGCGCGCUGAACUACAUGUCCACAUUCGGCCUCAUCCACCGGGACUUCCGGGGCUGCAACAUGCACCUGGAGGAACGCGCCAGGGACUCUGGGAG